AUCAGACACGUGUCUCGUUCUCGGUCGGUGUGCCCUUUGCGCCUUGCGGUGCGAGAAAGAGGGAGAGAGAGGGGCGAAGAGCAGGGAGAGGCGCACACCAUGGACGACUUCAGAUCGAGGUCCUUCAACGACGGGAUGAUGCAGCUGGAGGUGUACGGCGCCCGGUCCUCGGCGGCGGCGGCGCCCCCUCCAGGCCUGCACGACUUUAGGAGCUACAGCGCCUCCUACGCCUACAUGUACAACGGCGGCAGCCACGGCCCUGAUGGCUUCAAGGCGAAGGCUGACUACGGCUCCUCUUCUUCCAACAAGGGGGGUUGGGUCUUCAGCGACCCCGAGUUCCAGCGGAAGCGGCGGGUCGCCGGCUACAAGGCCUACGCCGUCGAGGGCAAGGUGAAGGGUUCUUUCCGGAGGGGCUUCCGGUGGCUCAAGGACAAGUACGCCCGGGUGGUCUACGGCUGGUAAUUAGACCGCUUCGAUUUCAGGCACAUCAGUCCCUCAUUCACCUGCAUCAAGAAGAAGAGAGUCAAACAAGAUUAAGACAAAGCAGAUAUUAAAACAGGAUUAUGAUCUUGUCUGCGGGAUCGUUAGACAUAUAUACCAUUUAACUGAGUUGCCGAUCUAUUUCCAAUGCUGUGAAAUUGGUGAUGACACUAAAACUUCUCUGCAUCUGUUCCUGGAUCUGGAUAUUCGAUCUGCAAAUGCAUUAUAACUUCUUGUGCGGUUGAUGAUAA